AUGGCCCAAGGAGCGGUCAAGAAGUCGAAGUCGGCAUCUUCCACUGCCAAAAGACCGUCCGCCCUGGGCCCUAAAAAGGGUGCCCGUGCAAUUGCCCCCAAAAAAGCGGCCCUGGUCAAGCAGAAAAAAUUAACAAAGGUGUGCAACAUCAUCCUAGGCCUGUUCGCCAUCAACCUGAAACUCUCCGCCGGUCUUACCGCUAAAAUGGAACGAAACCUCGCUGAGAAAGCAGGUCACUUGGAACUACUCCGUGGGGGGAAGAAAGAUGGCACUGGCAAGAAGAAAUGA